AUGGCGGCCACUCCGUUAACAGCAUCUUUACAUCCAACACUCACUGAGUAUGUAAUAAAGCUGUUGCGGCAAAGUCGCAUAACGACCGUGUACAGCUUUGUUCAAAUCGAUAGCGACCGGCUAUCGAAAAUCACCAACCUGAACGGGAGAAGCAUCGUCGACAUUAAAAGAAGUCUAGCAAAGCGCUUCUCUGGAUCUCUAAUCUCUAAAGCUGCAUUGAUCAAAAGAGGAGCAGCGAGCGUCAUAACGACCGGAACGUCGGAUGUGGAUAAAUUACUACAAGGCGGUCUUCGGCCAGGCCAUAUCUACGAAUUAUGUGGUGAAUCGUUCACAGGAAAGACCGAACUUUGCCUGUCUAUUGCUGCACACGUAGCCUACACACAUCGUCGGAUGGUGUACUACAUCGACACCAAGUGUGACUUUUCCGCUACCAAAAUCCAGCACUUGCUCGAGCAGCAGCACCGCGGGUUAAUGGGGCGCGAUCUUGCACACGUUAUGAAUCGAAUCAAAGUAGAGCGUGUCUUCUCGCCGGAACAGCUAGUACAAGUAGUAGCAGAUCUGGCCAAUACUGAUGCCUCGAAAGUAAUGGCCACACCAAUGUUGCUCAUCAUCGAUUCACUACCGGCGCUCUGGUUUCUGUUUCAUGACUCGAAAAGCUAUUCCCAACCUGCGGGUUUGCUGACGAAGCUUCUGUGCUACUUGCGUAAGUUCGCGGCGCAGCAGUUAGUUUCAGUAGUGCUCGUUAAUAUAGUGGUUCAAGCAUAUGGAAAGGAAAGACGAAGAAGACCUCGGCAGGUUGGACCUCGGCUUGCCUCGGCAGGUUUCCAUCCCGCUCUGGGCAAACACUGGAGAAACGCUCCCGGAACAAGGCUUUUGCUGCAGAAGAACGAGAACAAAGUCUUGAUUCGUGUGUGGAAAAGUAGCUACCUUCGCUCGAAGGCCCAUAAAGAGGUUCGGAUAACUGAUGCUGGUUUUGUGUCUAACGCAACUGAAGACAAUUAAAAGGAGAAUGAUAGAAGCGUCUAUUUCUAAUCGCAUUACUGAUGAACUUGUCGGCUGUAAAUAAAACAUAUAUCUCGUUUCCCUAACGCGUAUCUUACAGAUGGCUAAU